UGGCGGCCACCAUGGCUACUCGUAAAGCGGGAAAAGUUUUCUAAUUCAACUUGCUUUUCAAUCCGUAAUGUCUGUUCAACAGAAGCGAGUCGCGUCUCUCAUUUUAAAAGAACACUACGGAGAAGUUGUAGAAAAGGUCGGCUCGUAUUGUAUUGGAAAAGGACCGCGUCCUUUGCGGGACAUAAUUCGUGAUACCAAGCUUCCUCGAGAUCAUGUGCAGAAGGCAUUGUGUUGCCUCAUUCAACAUCAUUUCGUUACAUUUGAAGUGAACAAGAAGAACGUGACGUUGUACAAUGCCUGGAUUGCCAAUAUACUUCUUCGUCCUCGUUCACCGCGGUAUAUUUAUUGUGCGAAGAGUUUGUUUGGAUACACAGGCGAGUUGAUAACGGAUGAGAUUUUACAACAUGGCGCACUGGCCAUGAGCACCGUGGUCAGCAAAAUUGUGACCCAUUUAGUCGAGGAUGAUCCUGAUGCGGAUGAUUAUGAAGUUAAAGCGACUUUUGCUGAUCUUGUAAAGAAUCGUUUCCUCCAAAGAGUGAAACCAGUUCAUCAUAAUGAAGACAAUGUGGACAUGAACAGUUAUAAUGAAGAUGAUCUCUAUGCUCUGCCUCCUGGAAUGACUUUGCAAGGUCAUGGUGCAAAACGGAAAAGAAGUGUUGAUGAUCAGGGUCAAACAACAAAAAGACAGAAAACAGGAGCAAGCCAGUCUGCCAGUGAUCGAAGCUCUGAAAUAAAUGAUGAAGGGAUUUUAUGGCAAGUAAAUUUUGCCAGGUUUCAUCAGCAUUUCAUUGAUGAGGAUAUUGUCUCAGCUGUAACCAAGAAAGUUGACAAGUUUGCUGGAGAGAUUGUAAAGACAAUGUUGAAAUUAAGUGAGCUUGUAAGGGAUCCCUUGUCACCAACUUCACAGACAGUUUCACUCUAUGAGAUCUCACAAAACCUGUCAGUAACUCCCAAGAUGGAGAAGGCACAAAUCACGCAAUAUCUUUCACUACUAACAGAUGAGAAGGAAAGUUUGGUUUCCAAAACAGGAGAGAGUGGAGGUGGAAUGUACUGCAUAAAUAUGCAAAAGUGUGUGGAUAUGCUUUGUCAAAAUGUUAUAGAGUCUAUUGUUCAAGAAAGGUUUGGCUCAAGAUGUUUUAGAAUCUUCAGAUUGUUGUUACUCAAGAAACACAUGGAGCAGAAACAGAUUGGUGAGCUCGCAAUGAUUCCAUCUAAGGAUGCCAAAGAGUUGUUGUACAAGCUUUUUGCUGAGAGGUUUAUUGCACUACAGGAAAUCCCUCGAGCAUCUGACUAUGCUCCCUCCAGAACGUUUUACUUAUUUUCUGUGGAUCUACGGCAGCUCAGUAGAAUGUUGAUUGAAAAAUCGUACCAGGCACUUGGAAACCUGAUGAGCAGACGACAGACUGAAGUUCAGGAACAUAGACGUCUAGUGGAAAAGGAAGAGAGGUUAGAAGCCACAAUAAACUCACUGAAGGCUCAGCAUGGUGAAGAGACAUCAGCAGAAGCUAUUGCUGAACUUCAAGAACUGAUUAUACCUGCAGAGAGAGAGCAGCUCAGGAAACUGAAGCUCACCCUUGCCAAGUUAGAACAGAGUGAGCUGCAAGUGGAUGAGACCAUUUUCAUUCUCUCACAGUACAUUGCUUCACAUUAAAAUUCAAGGACACCCAUGUUUAAUUCUCACAACAAUGGGAGCCAUGUUGAGCCACCUGCAGCAACAAUAUCUAGUGUAGUGACAUUUUUUAACAGUGUUGUUGUCGGUGAAGUUUUUGGUGUUUUGGUGUGUGAAAGUUUUAAAAGGUCAACUGGGAAAUUACUCUCAAUAAUGGCACAAACAAGAUGUCACUUGACAGGGACUGAAUUAAUCUUGAUGCGCUAUGAUGCAAAGAAAUUCAGAGAAUAGACUUGGCUCUCAGUGUAUUGUAACAAGGAGGACACAAACUUUUUCUGGUCAUCAAAAUUUUCCUUCCUGACUCAAUGUCGUAAUUCAAUGUAGAUAGGAAGGCAUGGCCAAAGCUUGAAUUCUGAAGUGCAAUUGAAAGACUAGCAAUCAAAAUAUGUUGAUUUGGACACCACAACAUUCUAAGUGUUACAAACCUAGUCAGACUUCAUCUUGAAAAUAUCUCUUGCCAUACACAAGAGGUUGAUGUGAAACCUUGGACUAUUAAAGAAUACCCCUAAAUAAUUAUUCUUUUACAGGCUGUGAAAUAAAAAAAAAAUGGUAACCUGUGAUUAUUGAAAUAAAUGUGAAAACACA